AUGGACGACGAUGCGCUGACGUCGCUGCUGACAGCGAGUAGCGUUGCCUUGGGAAAGCUGAUCGCGGGAGACGCGCAGGUGGAGAGUUCGUGGUUGGUGCUGAAUGCAGAGUUGAUACCCAGCAAGUCGGUCGGAGUGGAAGGUACCGGUAGUGCCAGUCAGAUCGAUCGGAGGAUGGGGGAGAGUCUGGAGGAGCAGUUGGGUGAGAAGAGACAUGCGACCAGCGUCAAUGCGUUCUUGAGGGAUCGACAGUCGAGAUUGACUUCCUUGGUGGAAGGGCUUGUCAAGUUUUCGAUGUUGCAUAUCGAAUCGCUUGAACAGACCGAUGUGAGUGGCCAGGUGGGGAGGAGGCGGAGUAUCAAGAUCGAUGGGAACUUUGCGAGACUCUUCGCGCUCAAGAUCCAGCUUCACGUCGUCGAGGAGGAUGCUACUUCCUCGCCUCAAAUCCAAGAUCUUCAGGUGGACAUUCCGGAUUGGUUGAGAACAACGCUCGAUACACCCCACAACCUCUACACAAAACUCAUCUCGAGGAACGAUCUUCCCGCGAUUCUGUUGAUGUUUCGAACGAUGGUGCCUCUGCUCUCGCUGCGACGCAACCUGUUCACAUCGUUGAUGGAGUCGUACACCGAUCUGGCACGCGAUCACGUUCGAGCCUGGGAACACACCCACUCUACCGACUUCACCCCUUUCCACCCACACACCUCCUCCUCCACCCACAACACCCGCAAACAGAUCCUCGAUCCCUCCACCUCGAAAUCCCUCAUCCACCCCACCGCUGCAUCCACUUUUACGCUGAAAAACAAAUCCUCCGCCUCGCUCACCUUCCACUUCGACAUCCGAUGGAAUCGCUUCGGUCACGCCUACCCAGACAUCACCGCAACCCCUUCCAUCCCACCCUCUUCCUCCACACCUACAUCCACAGCCUUCCUCCAAUCCUUCCACGACGAAUUCGCUCACCUUCUCAAAACCAGCAUCGCUCAAAACCCCAUCAUCGGCUUACCGGAUAAAGACAACGACGACGAUGACGAUGACGACGAGGCGCACGAGGUCGAGGUGGGAAGGUGGGGUGUAAGCGCAGCUGUUCAUGCCACCAUAAGGGCGUUUUUCAGAAUUGACGAGGAUGAAGCCGAGAGCGAAGACGAAUAG